AUGGAAGAAGAAGAAGAAAUAAGGGACCAUAGAGGAUUUUCUGGUGGGAAUUCUGAAACUUGUGGUGAAGGAAAUGGUGUAGACCAUAUUGUAGGAACAUCUAUUACAGAAAAAGUUGAGAUACAUAGUAAUAUUGCAGAUAAUGAAGGUACCAAUGUAGUAUUGGAAGGAGUUGAUUCAUCUUCUCCUGUUGUAGAUGAUGAUCUUUUUGAACAUGUUCCACUGAAAGAACAUAAUAAAAAUGCUGAGGAUGUGAAUGAGUCUUUGAUUCCAGAUAAUUUGAGACAUUCAUCUGGUGGGAGUGAGGAAACAUUUGAGUUUUCCUUUGGAAAUGUUCCAAGCUCAGGAUUUAACUCUCCCCUAGGUGCAGAGAUGCUUCACGAUCACCAUUUUUCAAGCCCAGGGCACGAGAGAGAUUUGACUGAUAACAUUACAGUAUCAUCCUCUUCAGCUAGUCUUGAUUCUGCUCUGUAUUUCCGUGUAGAUAGUGGAUUCUCUCCUGUUGAGUCUCCUCAAAAGACCAAGCCUAAACAGGUCAUGCUUAAUGUGUCUCCAGAGCUAUUGCAUUUAGUAGAUUCUGCUAUAAUGGGAAAAACGGAAAGCUUGGAAAAGCUGAAGAAUAUUGUGAGUGGUGUUGAGAUUUUUGGGAAUGGCGAGGAGGCUGUUAACAUUGCUUACUUGGUAGUUGAUUCCCUUCUUGCCACGAUGGGAGAUAUGGUAUUCACCGAGUCGUCUGUCAUGCGAGAUGCUAAUGCUAUUCAGACACUUUUAGAUGGUUGCAGGCGAUGCUACUGGUCCAUUCGGGAAAGUGACUCUGUGAAUACGUUUUCUAUUAAUGAGGAUGCUCGCCUUGUUGGUGAGGUGAAUGCUUUGAUUGAUGAACUACUAGUGGUUGUUGAACUUUUAGUUGUGGCAGCUCCUCCGUCCUUGGCUGUGGAGGAUGUUCAGUGUUUGCUUGGGUUCAUGGUUGACUGCCCUCAACCAAAUCAGGUUGUCAGGGUGCUGCACCUGAUAUAUAGGUUGGUGGUUCAACCAAAUACAUCCAGGGCUCAAACCUUUGCCGAGGCAUUUAUAUCCUCUGGUGGCAUAGAAACACUUCUUGUUCUUUUGCAGCGUGAAGCAAACGCUGGAGACAUAGAUGCGCCAAACUUUUCAUCUUCCAAGAGAGAUGAAGCUUUAUCAUCCCAGAAAACUGAAGUAGAUAUUGGGGACAGGACCUCAGAAGAUAUUGGUUGUGAUUAUACAGGACCUAUGGAUAAAAAUGAUUUAACUUCACAGGAAAAGGCUUAUGAAUCCAAGUCUUUUGAUGGCUCAACGAUAUCUAAUAUUCAAAGGAUGUCGUCUAUCCAUGAAAAUCCUUUUAUUAAAAAUUUGGGUGGCAUAAGUUUUUCAUUAAGUGCUGAAAAUGCACGGAAUAAUGUGUAUAACAUUGACAAAAGUGAUGGUAUCAUUGUUGGCAUUAUUAACCUCUUGAGUGCUUUAGUAAUAUCAGGAUAUCUAAAAUUUGAUAAGCCUGUUCCCCCAGAUGUAACUAACAACAUUCUUGGUUUGAUUGAGGGAGGAGGUACCAUGUUUGAUGAUAAGGUCUCCCUCCUUCUUUUUGGUUUACAAAAGGCUUUCGAAGCAGCACCAAACAGGCUUAUGACAAGCAAUGUAUACACAGCUUUAUUGGCUGCCUCGAUAAAUAUGUCUUCAACAGAUGAAGGACUAUACUUGUAUGAUUCACGUCAUCGCUUUGAGCAUCUGCAACUGUUGUUGGUUCUUCUUCGUUCUCUUUCAUACGCAUCGAGCGCAUUGCAAAGUCGAGCAUUACAGGAUCUUCUGAUUUUGGCUUGCAGUCAUCCAGAAAAUAGAAGCAGUCUUACUAAAAUGGAUGAAUGGCCUGAGUGGAUUUUGGAGAUUCUCAUAUCUAAUCAUGAGAAAAGUGGAAGUAAAAAUACAAAUUCAUCCCGCACGAGAGAUGUAGAAGACUUCAUACACAAUUUCUUGAUUAUUAUGUUAGAGCAUUCUAUGCGCCAGAAGGAUGGAUGGAAGGUUCGACUUUUUUGA